AUGGAGCCUCACGAAGUUUCCACUGCAACGGGAUUACACCCUAUAGAACUGUGUGUUUACUCUGUUCUUUCCAACAACCUUGACGGUCUCUAUCAGUCUGUAAAUGAACUGCGUGAGUCUCAGGCCCUACUGCUUGUCAAGCUGCGCCAAAUACGGACAUUCUUGAAAGACGAACAAGACUUUUAUGAUGAGCAGCAGGGACUGACAGAUGAAAUUCGCAGAUUAAAGGCUAUAAAAGUACGAACUGAAGCGUUGGUCGAAAGAUAUGAGGCGCUAUCAAAAUCUUGUUUAUAA